AUGGCGGAUCUCAUCGACCCCGGCACCGCCAAAUUGGUCAUCAUCGUCUCCCUCCUGUGGAUCAUCUCAUUCACUCUCUACAACCUCUACGAGAUCAACGACAUCAUCUUCUAUUCUAUCGCCAUCGGGACUGCAUUCAUUUUCACCUCCGCGAGCUGCGUUUGCCUCGGAGGUCUUGCCGUCAUGGCCGUCUACUUUGCGGUCCUGGCCAACGCCGCGAUUCUUUGCAUUAUCGUCAUGCUCAUUCCUGUUCUUCAAAAUGUUUGUGAUCGAGUAAUCGGAUUCUUCAAUGCGGUGUCGUUUUUCUUGGACAACAUUACUACGGCAGUGCAGUUGUUCCCCCCGUCAUUCGAAAGAUUCCUCUACGGACCUGAAGGUCUUGAGCCUCUUACUGACGAUUGA